AUGAAAAGAAAUCAACACAUUCUCUUUUUAUUACUCUUUAUGGUAGAAGGAUUGGUGUGUUUCAAUAUGUUAACUCGAAUUGCAUCAGAAAUUGCAUAUUUACAUCCGAAUCCAUCGGAAGGUUUUGUAGCGAGUGUUGUCAUUAAGAUUUUUGAUCGGUGUUUUGUCAAUUUGACCGUCUAUAUGGAAGUAGUAUUGAUGUCUCAUAUUUGUUAUUCCUUCUCUGAGACUUGUCGUGCUAUUAGUGCAUUCACAUCGACAACUUUUUCUAAUAUUAGAAAAUUCGUGAUUGCCUUACUGGGAGUAUUAGGUGUCUUGUUCUUUUUAUUGUGUGCAUUUACAGUCAUCUUUGGAGGAUUUACUGCAGGUCAUGCUGCCAUUGAGGAGUCUACUUUAUCAUAUCUCAAUUUGGCACUCUUUUUAAGUGCUGCUGCUUUGUUUUUAGUUUCAACCAUUUCAGUCUCUGUGUUUUUAAACGUAAGUAUUUUGAAAUGCAAAGAAAAGAGUAAGGAAAAGAUCAAAACUUACCAAAUUAAGAAAACAGCAUUGAGAAAAUCACUUGCCAUUCAAUAUGGACUCACAGCAUGUAUGAUCUUUCAAUUCUUUGGAUUUAUUUUCAUUCCAGCCUCAUUGGGAUGGACCUAUUUAAUGAAUUUCUUCCAUUUCUGUUACAAUAUUGGUCUCGUGGGUUUCAUUGUCUUGAUUUUAUGUAUUUACAAUCCAAUGAGACAAGUUCAGAAAUUAUUUAGACAAGAUUCAGAUCCAAAGGUUGUUCAUAUGAGUUCAACGAAUGGAACUCUUAGUAGUGGUACAAUGAAUGGUUCAAAACAUACUUCAAAAACAUUCACUUCCAAUAACAAUGGAAAGAUGAUGGAAUUAUCGAAUAUGGUCAACAACAACAACAUGUUGGAAACAUCAUCUCCUCAAUUAUACAUGUCCACCAAUGAUACCAGAUCUUCAGUGAGUUCUUCAACAACGUUCAAUUCCUCCAUUCAAAAGGAUUUGGAAAUGAUGAAUACUACUAUGAUAUCAUCACCUACAGAGACUACAUGUAGUGUGGCAUUGACAUCACCUGCUACCACCAUUAUCAUUGUCAAUAGUAAUAAUAAUAAUAAUGGAGGAGAUCACCAAGUGUAA